AUGUGUGUCCAGACAGUCAGACUGUUUUAUUGCGCCAUUCGGUACCUGACUGGCCACACUCAAACACUUCUCGAGACAGGUGGGGAACCCGCGGCUAGUAAACCACCUGGCCCCCAACGCCAGGCCUCGUUCUUGCACCUGCGCAGUCGCACGCAGCAGGUGCUCAUCGGAUAUGCCUCCACUGUCUUUGCCGCGUUACUCCGAGAGGCCUUCUCAAUUUUCAACUUGGAGCUACCAUCGACUGCUGGCAUAAGUGGAAUGGACUUUUGGGACCACAGUAAUAAGGGGAUGGCAAGCACCUCCACCUCGUCAACAUGGAAAGUUGCUGCAUCCAAACCUGGUCUUGAAGAACCUAAAAAAUGUGAAAUUGCUCCUUGUCGGAGUCAGUCCUGCUUUCAAAUUUCUGAAAAUUCGAAUCAGGUGUUUGAUGAGAGUGGCAUGCACACCUCGUGGAAUGCCAGCCAGGGGUACCUGCAGAACCCUUCCUUCCUGGACGACUACGUCUACAAGACCUCCCAGCAGAGCUACGUGGGUCUCAGCGCGUCAGCCCUGUACCAGCCGACGGGGGACUUCGGAGCGGUUGUCGCGUGGAGACCCCCCGACUCCCCGGCCCCGGCUCCAUUGCGGUGCUACGAGCGCUACUCAGGAGGCUGCAUCAGCGAAGAGUACAACAGCACACCGCCGACCGUCUUCAACCAGCAGUCGCAGCAGCAGCAACACCCUCAGAUGGCCCUCCAUUGGACCGAGUAA